ACCAGACACCAGACGGUGGCGGUAAAGCAGCAUGUCGUUGUUUGCCAACCACCAAUAAAACACCACCAACCACACGAAGAAGAAGAAGCAGCUCAUGCUCAUACGUCACCGAGCUGGCUCCUCCGCGGAAGAUCUGACCGGCCGACCGAACUCAUUUUCAGGCGAACAGGAGCACCAGGGCUGCCCGGGACAUUGUAACUCCGCAGAAUGGGAAACCGGCUGCUCUCCUCUGGGGGUGACAUAUGCCCGUCUGAUCACGUCGACGGAGGAAAGUUCGUUGCCAGGAGGAUCAGCAAGGGCAUAACUUAUUAUUUUGCUCCACUCUCGGGGGCAGAGGAACAGAAAUUAUCUGCUAACAAAGAAUCUCAAUUGCACACUGCACACUGCCCUAUUUCUACCCCAUCACCCUCAACUCAGCCCCUCAGUGACUCCUCCCCCGCAGACCCCUCCUCAUCCUCUCCAUUGCUCUCAGAUUCUCCUUCACACACAUCUGCCUCCUCCCAAAACACCCAAUCACAAUCUGAAUCCACUGCCCGACCCCUUCUUCUUUUCUUCUCCUGGCUCGGUGCCCGGAAAGUGGCAGUGGCCAGGUACCGGGACCUUUACCUGCACCGGGGCCUGGAUGUCCUGCUGGUCCAGAGCAGUGUGAUGCACUUCCUGUGGCCUCGGUGGGGGCUAGACUACGGGAUGGAGGUUUUGAAGGUUCUGGAGGAGCCUCAGUUUGCAGGGAGGGCGGUGCUGGUCCAUGCCUCCUCCAUCGGGGGCUAUACUUUCACACAGACACUCACCCACAUUGCUGAGGGAGAGGAAAAACAUGCAGGCCUGGCCAAGAGGGUGAUAGGACAUAUCUAUGACAGCCUGGUGGUUGGGAGUCUGGAGAAUAUGGCGAUAGGUGAGUGAGUGUCCCUCUCCUCAGGUUACUUUUCGUGGGAUAUGCCAGUCAGAUCUUUAAAUAAUUAACUUGUCAGCUGACCAGGAAUUAUUUGUGGCUGCUCGUGUCUGUGCUGCCUAGAGUGUGUGCAAACGGUUUAUACAUUCAUCAGUUCAGUUAUAAUAUUUGGACAUGGUGUUCAUAUUUUUUUACGAUUUAGGCAUAUUUUAAAACAGACUCAACAUGUUAUUUCAAACUUUAGUAUGACUUUAAAUAUGUCAGUAUAUCAUAAUCUCUUCUAAAUCGGCCUUAAAAUUGUAGAAAAGGUUUCAGAAUUUACCCACACAUUUCACAUUUUUAAAGGUCCCAUUUCAU